AUGGAAGAUGCGAUUUGCGGCUUUUGCGAUUCCAGUCUGCAUGAUACGACAAAUGCUUCUACUGAAUUGGUAAGGAAUACAUUAAUCUCAUUACAUUCGUCUGAAAGAUAUUCUCUUCAAAAGUAUAUUGAUCUUAUUGCUUUAUACCGUUCACUUAUCAACGAAGAACUUAAGAAUGAUAUUAAUAAUUUGAAAGCUUCGUCUUUGGGCAACUUCGAGCAUUCAAAAAUCGAAACUGAACAAGUAUUGGAAACCAUUGAAGAAUAUUUUGAAAAGAAGGAAAAAAAACCAUGUCUAGUUGGCAUAAACAUUCCAGAGAAAUCUACGGAUGAUGAAUCUGCCGAUAGGCUCUUGGCAGAAAACAUUGUUUUGCCUCUGGGUUCAAGACUGGAUUCAUUAAGGAGACUCUUACUAAUUGAUAAUCCAAAUAGUAUUUUCUGUAUAAAUGAAACGUGGUUGGAUGACUCUAUUGAUAAUCGCGAAGUAUCACGCAAGGAUAGAACAAUAAAUAGUUCAAAUAUUCGUGGAAGUGGGCUUAUCAUGCUUAUUCCUGAUUAUUAUAAACUUAUAACCUUCGAUGAUUAUGUUUGCUGCUCUUUUGAAUCUUUGAUAAUUAAAAUUUAUCUUAAUAACAGAAAUAUUUCCCUUUUAAAUCUAUACCGUUCACCAGGCUAUGGAAGCAAAUUCACUAGGGACCUUUACAACAUGUUACUCAAAUUAAAAUUAAUUGGCACUGAUUAUGUAAUUGUUGGUGAUCUUAAUAUGCCAAACAUAGAUUGGGAAAAUAGUUGUUUAAAAAGUAGCAAUAAAUUUGAAGAGAACUUUCUAAACUUUUGUACCUAUGUUGGUCUAGAGCAGCAUGUUAAGGUCGCCACUAGGUACAACACUAUAUUAGAUGUUAUGUUAGCUACCCCUACCUCUCUUAUUGAUAGUAUUAGAGUCUUGGAACCUUUUUGUAAUAGUGAUCACAAUAUCAUUCAUGCUUCAUUAAAAUUAGACCGUUAUUCACCUCCCUCGAGAUUUUCUAGAAGUUACCGUCACUAAGAACAACUUUUAAAUAUUGAUAGAAAUUCUUUCUGGACCUAUAUCAAAAGAAAAUUUGCAAAUCCACGUAAACAAUUAAUUCUGCAACAUAAUGAUAAUGUGAUCACAUCUGAUAUUGAUAUUGCAAAUAUAAUUAAUCAAUAUUUUUCCAGUAUAUUUGUUGAUGAGGAUAAUACUCAGUUCUUGUUUUAUUACCUCUUGUUUUAA